AGUUAGGUCGGCUCACUGUGGGGAUGAAGAAAGAAGAGCGCUCAGGGCCGUGGCUGGGCACCAUCACAGGGCACUGGUUCCUGGCAGAUCCCACUUCUCCUCGCCCUAGGUCCUUAGGAACCAGCCCUAGAGCGGGGGGCUCAACCCCCAGACUUCCAGAAAUGACGUCAGAAUCAUUUGCAUCCCGCUGCCUCUACCUGCCCGGUCCAGCUGGGACCCUGCCUCGCCGGCCCCAUGGCCAGAGGGUUGGGUGAGUGUGUACGGGGAAGGGGGCUGGACUCUGGUAUCCUUGGAUGGGGGGCACCCCAGGCUCUCCAGCCUCCUGGGCUUAGCCUGGGCCCCUCCCCAUCCAACCUCCACUCCAGUCCUCCUCAUUCAACUUCCUCUUCCUGCAAAAGAGGGGCGCUGCCCGGUGACCUACACAGACUGAGACAGGAUCGCCAUGAAUGGAGACCUCUGGAAAAUCUCAGGAGCCGAGGCCCAGGGGGCCCACCGGAGGCCCAAGGGGAGACCAUGGGAGGGGGCUGAAUCACAGCCUCCCGACAGCCCCCCAGUGCCCAGGCUUUGGAAGGGAGCUGGGGGCUUCCCAUCUCCUUUUGCAGGGGAGGGCUGUCAGUCGGCGGCGGGCUCACUGGGGGCACCUCAGCCCCCGCCAGCUAACCCCACAUCACCACCACCACCACCCCCAGCACCACCACCACCACCACCACACACAAAAAAAAUUGGAUACAUUUUGAAUAAAGCGAUUCGGUUCCUUAUCCGGGGACUGGGUUGCUCCGUGUGAUUGGCCGGCGGAGUCACAUGGUGAAAGUAACUUUACAGGGUCGCUAGCUAGUAGGAGGGCUUUAUGGAGCAGAAAAACGACAAAGCGAGAAAAAUUAUUUUCCACUCCAGAAAUUAAUGAUCAUGAGCUCGUAUUUGAUGGACUCUAACUACAUCGAUCCGAAAUUUCCUCCAUGCGAAGAAUAUUCGCAAAAUAGCUACAUCCCUGAACACAGUCCGGAAUAUUACGGCCGGACCAGGGAAUCGGGAUUCCAGCAUCACCACCAGGAGCUGUACCCACCACCGCCUCCGCGCCCUAGCUACCCCGAGCGCCAGUAUAGCUGCACCAGUCUCCAGGGGCCGGGCAAUUCGCGAGGCCACGGGCCGGCCCAGGCGGGCCACCACCACCCCGAGAAAUCACAGCCGCUCUGCGAGCCGGCGCCUCUCUCAGGCGCCUCCGCCUCCCCGUCCCCAGCCCCGCCAGCCUGCAGCCAGCCAGCCCCUGACCAUCCCUCCAGCGCCGCCAGCAAGCAACCCAUAGUCUACCCAUGGAUGAAAAAAAUCCACGUUAGCACGGUGAACCCCAAUUAUAACGGAGGGGAACCCAAGCGCUCGAGGACAGCCUACACCCGGCAGCAAGUCCUGGAAUUAGAGAAAGAGUUUCAUUACAAUCGCUACCUGACCCGAAGGAGAAGGAUCGAGAUCGCCCACUCGCUGUGCCUCUCUGAGAGGCAGAUCAAAAUCUGGUUCCAAAACCGUCGCAUGAAAUGGAAGAAGGACCACCGACUCCCCAACACCAAAGUCAGGUCAGCGCCCCCGGCCGGCGCUGCGCCCAGCACCCUCUCGGCAGCCACCCCGGGCACUUCUGAAGACCACUCCCAGAGCGCCACGCCGCCGGAGCAGCAACGGGCAGAGGACAUUACCAGGUUAUAAAACAUAACUCACACCCUGCCCCCACCCCAUGCCCCCAUCCUCCCCCUCACACACAAAUUGACUCUUAUUUAUAGAAUUUAAUAUAUAUAUAUUUUUUGGUUCUUUUCUCUCUUCCUCCCACCUUAUCCCUUGUCAAUUCCAAACUGACAAAACAGAUAAGCCCUCUGCCCUUCUCUCCCUUCCACUGUUAAGGACCCUUUUAAGCAUGUGAUGUUGUCUUAGCAUGGUACCUGCUGGGUUUUUUUUUUUUAAGGCCAUUUUUGGGGGGUUAUUUAUUUUUUAAGGAAGAAAGCUGCAAAAAUUAUAUAUUGCAAGGUGCGAUGGUCUGGUUUGGGUGAAUUUCAGGGGAAAUGAGGAACAGAAAAAAAGGAAAGAGAUUUUUAAGCCAAUUCUCCUCCUUCUCCUCCUCCUCCUUCCCCCCUCUUUCCUUAGGCCUUUUGCAUUGAAAAUGCACCAGAGGAGGUUAGUGAGGGGGAAGUCAUUUUAAGGAGAACAAAGCUAUGAAGUUCUUUUGUAUUAUUGUUGGGGGGGGCUGGGAGGAGAGGGGGGAAGACAGCAGACAAAGCUAAAUGCAUCUGAAGAGCCUCUCAGAGCUGUUCAGUUUGAGGAGCCAAAAGAAAAUAAAAAUGAACUUUCAGUUCAGAGAGGCAGUCUAUAGGUAGAACCCCCCCCCCACCAUCGUGGUUAUUGUGUUUUUGGACUGAAUUUACUUGAUUAUUGUAAAACUUGCAAUAAAGAAUUUUAGUGUCGAUGUGAAAUGCCCCGUGAUCAAUAAUAAACCAGUGGAUGUGAAUUAGUUUUA